UGAAUGGCAGCCGUCGAUAUUAGCGUCUGAAACAUGCGGGAGCCGCGAUUUAUCCGGGUCUAGAAAGGUUUGGCAUAUUCAGCGUGUAUCACCCUCCGAUCCACUACGCGCUGGGCGAAGAGCCUAGAUAUUAUGGCCCCCCCCGGAUGUGCUCUUUCUUCCCGGUGCAUUCUGGGACCACUCUUGCUGGGAGUGUGAGAGACAGCCAGGAUGGGCGGGUCAACCGGGCAACAGGAUGAUGGAAGCACAACGUCUAUGACCAUCGCCGUGCGAAUCAUUGUGUUGGUGCUGGCGAUUCCGACAACCCUGGUGUGUGUGCUUCGACUGUAUCUGCGAAAGUUUGUCGUGAGGCAAUUUGGCCUGGACGACUGGUUGGUCUUGGGUGGUCUUAUUGGUGUGGAUCUGUUCUCUGCGCUGGCGUAUAUCAUCACGUACUAUGGGUUAGGUCGGCCUCUAAAAUAUGUUCCUGACGACCAUCUGGCUGUGUUUCUCACGCUCGAAUAUGCCUCGCAAUGCGCCUACCUCAUCAUCGCCGCAACCGUGAAAGCCAGCCUACUGGUCUUCAUCAUGCGGCUGUUUCCGACUCACUCCGUUCAAGUCGCCGGGAAAACCCUCCUCGGUAUCAUCGCGGCCUUCACUCUCUCUGGAACUCUCGCGCUGGUCUUCCAGUGUCACCCCGUCAAGGCCGCCUACGAUAAGACUCUUGGCAACGCAAGGUGCUAUCCCACGGAGACGUCGUAUGGGAUUCUCCUGAUGCAGGGUGUCAUUAUGUUUGUGCUCGAUGUGUCGAUUUUGGCCCUUCCCAUACGGCCUAUCUGGCAGCUGCAGAUGCCAGUACGAAAGCGGCUACUUGUGCUAGGGUUGCUUUGCAUUGGCUUCACGGCAUGUGUUGCCGCUUUGGUGCGGUUCUCGACAUUAAAAUUCGCCAAUGACACGACAAACUUCACCUACUCGGCUUCUACAUCUCUCAUCUGGAUGGAGGUUGAAUUCAAUCUGGGUUUGAUAUCAGGAUCUCUUCCAUCCCUGCGGAAGCUUCUUCACUUUGGUUCCCCAAUGUCCAAGAGCUACUCAACAGAAGCGCUAUCAAGCUACCCAUCGAACUUCGAGCUCAGCCGGAAUAGCUGGACGAUAGGCGGGAUUACGAAGAAGACGGAGAUCAAGAGGGUGUAUGAUUACGAGACGAGCGAGAGCCAAGAGCACAUUGCUCCGAUUUACGGGCAGGGAGAAUUGACCACGACUACCAAAGCCUAUGCGGAUAGCGAGACCAACUCGACAAACAACGUCUAAGGCAUUGCGCAGAGCAUUUCGGGCCUUUUAUGUCAACAUAGAUUUGUCUAAUAGCAGAGCAAAA